AUGGCUUCCAACGACUACUACAACGACACCCGCCACCAGGGCCGCCAGCAAUGGUCGGGUGACGACGACUUCAGCAGCGCCGCCUCCCACGCCGAGCAGCACGCCGACCAGGACCGCUCCCUCUUCAGCUCAGCUCUCUCCUUCCUGAGUGACCGCAAGUCUCAGCUCUCGGACCCCUCGCAGGUCGAAGUCGAUGAGGACCACGCCAUGCGCGCGCACAAUGCCAUGUACAAUGACCAGGACGACCGCGGCAGCCGUCAUGAUUCGUCAACAGUGGGCGCCGGCGCCGCGAUGCAAGCACUGAAGAUGUUCACCUCGGGCGGAAGUAACGAUGGUGGUAUGGAUAAGAACAAGCUGAUUGGUUUGGCUAUGGCUCAGGCUGGUCAGUUGUGGGACCAGAAGCAGUCGAAUGGUGCUCAGAUGGAGGGUGACAAGCAGUCUGCUGUCAACAGUGCCGCCGAGAUGGCUCUCAAGAUGUACUUGAAGAGUCAGGGUGGUGGUAUCGGUGGAACUGGAGGUCCCGGUGGACUGUUGAGCUUGGCCAGCAAGUUCUUGUAA